UCAAAAUACUUUGCGUCUAUGGGUGCCACAAAUGUUUGCCUCGAUUGAGGAAUACGAACAGCUACACGGCACUGAGAGUGCUACAAUGUGCACCAUCUUGGAGUACAGCGUUAAUAAGACGCAUACACAAAUAAUAGAUUCGGCUUUGGGACAAUGUCAAGUGGUCAUCACAGCCGCCUCCUAUACAAAUAAUAUAACAGUAGCAGUUGCUGGCUUUAUAGGCUAUCUAUUAGCUGGUUUUAUUGUUAAUCGCAUCGGCAGUAAAAUAUUGCUGACCAUCGGUACAGUAUCCGCAGGACUUUGCGAAAUCGGACUUUAUUUCUCAGUAUCUUCUUUGAGUACUGCCAUUCUCGCUUCAAUUUCUGUGACAUUGGGUAGCAUAUCAGCUAUGUCCAUUCUCAGCUCAUCGGUCGAUCUAUUUCCCACGUCGUUGAGAACAAUGAUUGUGUCUUUGGCAAUGAUGUUUGGUCGCAUGGGUUCAAUAUUGGGUAACAUACUUUUCCCCAUUUUCAUGUCUCUCGGCUGCAUUCCACCAUUCAUCAUGCUCACCUUCGUAAUGUGGUCUGCUGGAAUUAUGUCUGCAUUUUUACCAAAUACCAAAAAGACGGUUUUAAAGUAGAAUUAAUUAAAUUAAUUAUUUUCUAUUUAUUCGUUUAGUCGUCUUUACACACAUAGAUACAUACAUGCAUACAUACAUUGUGAGAUUAUUUAUUUCGUAAUUUUUAAGAUAAUUAAAUUUCUAAAGGAUCGGUGUAUUUGGAUACUAAUACAUACAUACAUAUGUUUUGUACAUAAAACAA